AUGACUGAAGCUUUGAAUAAAGAACUUAAUUUUAAUAUCCGUGUCCCUGACGUUAUUGCUCAUCGUGGAUUUUCCGCUGAAAACCCAGAAAAUACAUUAAUUUCAUAUGAAAAUGCAGUUAAAGCAGGCACAACGGCUCUGGAAGGAGAUAUUCGUCUUAGCAAAGACAAGGAGAUUAUCAUGAUGCAUGAUCUAACUUUAAACAGAACAAGCACUGGUCUUGGACCUGUCAGUGAAAGUAACUGGCAUGGACAAAUCGAUGGCUACACCACUAAAUCAGAACCCCAUCAACCCAUCCCCCGCUUCAUUGAUGUUCUAGAGUUAUUGAUCCAGCCUGAAGCCGCUGCUAUUGACGGUCUAUACAUGAUUGUGGAUAUCAAAUACGAUAAUGCGAUUGAAAUUCUGGAUGUCCUAAGUGAACUAUUAAAGACCUACACGACGCAACACCCUAAACUCUUUGACCAGUUAGUGAUUGGUAUCUGGAACGUGGACUUUCUGACACGGGCACAAACUUUAUUUCCUCAAUUCAAGCUCUGUUUCAUCGGUCUCUCUCUUUCGGCGGCUCGUCACCACUUUUUGGAUCAGGUGGACUGUCUUAGUUUACCCUUUGCCGCGUUAGCGGGUGGGGACGGUCAGGAGCUCAUCAAGGACGCUCACGCAAGGAACAAGCGCGUGUUUACAUGGACCAUCAAUGAUCCGUUGCAGAUGAAGACCUGUGUGUUGUGGCAGGUCGAUGGUGUGAUUGGUGAUAACGUGCUUGUCCUGUUGGAAAAUGUACAUCAUGCUCCCAAGGCCUUAAACGGUCCGGAAGAAUACCAACAGUUUGUGGCUUCAGAUACCUAUCUUGCCUCCAAAAGAAGAAGAGCGUACCUUUAUCUUGUUACCAAGGUCAUGCAUUUUGCUAGUUGGAAAGUCAUUGGAGUAUAG